UACUUUGCGCCAAGAAAAAAGUGGACAAAAAUAUAAAAACAAAAUCCACAUAAUUUCGACUAAGUUAUGAGACACUCAGUGAUAGAUAAGGAUCACACUUGAAGAUCCGUCCUGUUGCAGCCUGCAGGAAUCAGUGACGUGAGAGAACUUGAAGGGGUUAUAGUUAUUUAUUAUAAUGCGUGUGGAGAAAAACACAUCAGCAUGGAUACAUUGCUGAUCUUACAUGGUUAAACAAAGACUACAUAGGAGCUGGGGGCCAGACACCCCCUGACUCAUUUUUCCAUCUAAUAACACUGAUUCUGUCCCUAAUAUGAACUGGAUGGUUAGAAAUAAGACCAAAAAGAAAGUGCACACAGACUAUCCGACUGGUUCCUGCAGCUGUUCUGUUGGCUUGUAGGGCGUUGCAGUGACAUCCCUUAGGCGGUAUGAAAAAAGUAGGAUGAUUAUACCUGCUGUGUGAAGGCUGCACGGUUGUUGUUUUCAGACCAGCUUCUUUUUUCUCCAUUACUAAGUCAAAAUUUUUCUGCAUCCUCUAUGCCUGACAGAAAUGGGCUUGGGAAGCUGAGGAAGCAGCAAAAGUGACUAUACGCUGUGUAUCGAACUGUGUAGAAAUAAAAAGGUACAAACAAGGCACUGUGGUAUUAGGAGCAGGCAGGUUAUCUUGUAUAACUGUCUGAAAAGUAAACGAGAAUUCUAAUUGUUAUGAUACAUAACUUUCAUUUUUAUAUCUUAUUGAAACUGACUUAAAUGUACUAUAAAUAGGGGCCCACCAUGAGACACUGAGUCAGAAUUUUGAUCUAUAUAAUCAUUUUUUUCUUAACCAUUCCUGAUUUCUACUACAUUCUCUUCACCAAUUGACAUAUUGAGUAACUCGAGGACUCGGUGCAUGAUUUGAGGUGUCAUUUCCUGAAAAUCCCGUGUAGAAUGGUUGCAGAUGCGCUCGAUGCAGCUGAAGGCUCCUGUGUGAGAAGUACAGGCUGAACAGCGACUGUGUAAAUCGUGUCUCUUUAACUGAGGUAUUCUCAGGACGGGGAGGGGGGGGUGGAUGGGUUCAUCGGGUUCAUGUAGUAUUGGGCGCCUCCUCCCAUUUCAGGUUGGCUGCUUCUCUGGCUCACAGUGUAAGGCAAAUAGGUGAUGGAAAAUGACAUGCAAGUUUGCAGUAGAAAUGACUAAAUAGUCGAGGCUGACCUUUAUUCGGGACACAGAAAGUCGAUCAGCUGAUGUCUCCAAAGUAGCUGCCAUUUUCAGGUCAUUCGAGGCAUCUGGCUAACUUGUUUGUAGCUCAAGCCACUUGUAUAAGCCUGCUGUCUUCGCCUGUUAGUCGCCCACUGGGAUGGGGGAAUAGCUUUGUCCUGUGCUGUCUAGUGGAGGAAUAUCAAUCAUGAUGGCUGAUGGAUGUUGCAGAGGGAUGGAAAGAGGCAGGGGUAAGACUGCAGCAGAUUCUUUACCGAGAUCUACGUAUCCUCAGCAAUAUGUGCAGAGCGGAUCACAGCAGCAGGGCAAUGACAUCCAGGAGUUAGCCUCAAAACGCGUCGACAUUCAGAAGAAACGCUUCUACUUGGAUGUCAAGCAGAGUGUACGCGGACGCUUCCUCAAAAUAGCCGAGGUGUGGAUUGGAAGAGGCCGUCAUGAUAACAUUAGAAAGAGCAAGCUGACGCUGUCUAUGUCGAUGGCCCCGGCUCUACGCUACUGCCUGGGGGACUUUAUAGAUUAUUACGCCCGUAUCGGACUGCGGGGGGGCCUGGCGCCUCCGCAGCUCGAGGAGCACAGCAAAGACGGCCAGGGCCGCGCGCACGACUCCCGCAGAAGAGCGCAGGAGCAGCACGCGGCGCAGUCUCCCACCAGCUCAGCGGUGUCCGACGACCAUGCCCACCGCGUGCUCAAGAGCGAAUUCAUCGAGAGAGACAACAGAAAGUACUUUCUGGACCUGAAAGAGAACCAGCGAGGUCGGUUCCUCCGCAUACGGCAGACUGUCAACAAGGGACACGGCACCAUGGGCUACUACGGCCAGGGCAUCGAGCAGACCAUAGUGCUGCCCGCGCAGGGGCUCAUCGAGUUCAGAGACGCGCUGUCACAGCUCAUAGAGGACUACGGAGACGAGGACAGCGACGAGCGCGGCCGAGCCGUGUCCAGGGCUCAUAGCGACAACCCCGAGCUUCCAGAGGCUGCGUCUUUCCGAGUGGACAAGAAGAGGUUUUACUUUGACGUCGGGUCUAACAGGUUUGGUAUCUUUUUAAAAAUUAGCGAAGUGCGGCAGCCUUAUCGAAACACCAUCACAGUUCCUCUAAAAGCCUGGGCUCGGUUUGGUGAAAAUUUCAUCCGGUACGAGGAGGAGAUGCGACGAAUUUUCUUGUGUCACAAAGAGAAGAGGACAGACGCUCGGCAGGACAGCGAGGAGCAGGAGGACUGACCUUGGCAGUAGGCUGGCUGUGCUUUUGCAUGUAUUCUGGGGAUUCUUUUGAUGAAGAAAAUGUCCCCAAAUACUCUCCACCGUGUACUGUAUAUGUCCAUUAAAUGCUACACUAGAUGUUGUGGCCCAUCUGCCAAGGGCUGAUAAACUACAAUUUAAUCUGCCAAGAAGUCAUUCAUUCAGCCUAAUGUCUACAUCUGCUUUUCUUUCUCAGUGCUAUUCCAUGCACUUUAGCCCCUUAGCCAGGGCCAGACCAAAAAUAUUUGGGGCCAUGAGCAGAAUUUUAUAAUUCUCCACCACUCCCCUUUUAAAUGUAAGAGUGUAGUGUAGAUUACAGCAUUAAUUGCAAGUGAGACAGGAGGGUGUCACGGUAUUAGCAAUGUGGUGUGAAAACCACUUUAAUAGCUUGCCCUCUAAGCAUAUUGGUUAGCAGUUUUACUAUGAACCUGUCAACCAGUCCUUGAAAAUGAACUGAGAUGAACUGAUAUACACCAAUUUAACUUGUCCAGUAUAGUUUAGUUUUUAUUAAAGUGCAAAUUAAGAAUGGUCCCAGAAGGAAAACCUAAAAUUUUAGUAAUGACAUUUUUAUUGAAAUUGAAAAUAAUGAAGAGAGGAUCUCUCAUGUGGAAUUUGC